ACGUUGCAACUAGGUGGUGUGGCGCUCAAGCUGGAAGAGGAGUUUGGAACGAGCCGGUACGAAGAAGGGGAGCGCUCGCGGCAGAAUUAUGAUUCAGCUAAAGUUACAACAGAUGGGUAUUGUCCUGCUUGUAGAGAGAAGGGAAAGUUAAAAGCCUUAAAGACUUACCGAAUUAGUUUUCAAGAAUCUAUCUUUCUGUGUGAGGAUCUGCAGUGCAUCUAUCCUUUGGGCUCUAAAUCACUUACUAACCUAAUUUCUCCUGAUUCGGAAGAGUGUCACACUCCAAGUAAGCCUCGAAAAAGAAAGAUCUUGGAAACCAGCUGUAAAGAUUCACUUCUUUUAGCAAAUUCCAAAAAGACUAGAAAUCAUAUCGUUACCGAUGGUGAACAAAUUUUGAACAGCAAACAUAAUGGAGAAGUAUAUGGUGACAGCUCAUCAAAUCCAAUUAGGACAGCUGAUUGCUUGGAGCAGAAUGAGAUUUUGGAAGCUGAUACUGUUGACCCGGCUACUGAAAAAGAUCCUACUACAAUUGAUGUCUCUGGAACUGGGGGAAUUUCCCCUCAAAAUGAAGGAUACACAUCUGAACUGGAAAUGCCGUUGGGGAGCAAAUGUACAUCAUUUCGCCAGACUUUACGUGUCCAGUGGAAAAAUGCUUAUGCUCUCUGUUGGUUAGACUGUAUCCUGUCAGCUUUGGUGCACUUAGAAAGGUUAAAGAACACUGUGACUGAACUGUGCUCUAAGGAGGAAUCUGUAUUCUGGCAGCUGUUCACAAAAUAUAAUCAAGCAAAUAAGCUUUUGUGUGAGAAUCAAUUGGAUGGAGUUCCAGAUGGAGAUUGUAAAAAACUUGCUUCAGAAAUAUAUGCGGAGAUAGAGACCUGUCUGAAUGAAGUCAGAGAUAAAAUUUUUGUUAGACUUCAGCCCCAGCUUAGAUGCGCAUUAGGUGAUAUGGAAAGCCCUGUGUUUGCAUUUCCCCUGCUCUUAAAAAUAGAACCUCACAUUGAAAAGCUCUUCCUAUAUUCUUUUUCUUGGGACUUUGAAUGUUCACAGUGUGGACACCAGUAUCAAAACAGAGCAUUAUCUUUGACUGACACUCCAGGCGUUGCGGACCAUCUUUUAAAUAACCAGACACAUGGUGUUGAAUUUGACUUCUCUUGCCUUCCUCCCCACAGAGUGUCUCCCUUAUUCAUGUUGCACUUUGUAGAAGGCUUACCGCAGAAUGACCUGCAGCGCUAUGCAUUUCAUUUUGAAGGCUGCCUUUAUCAAAUAACUUCUGUGAUUCAGUACCAAGCAAAUAAUCAUUUUAUAACAUGGAGUUUAGAUGCCGAUGGAAGCUGGCUGGAAAGUGAUGACUUAAAAGGCCCAUGUUCUGAAAGGCAUGAGAACUUUGAAGUUCCUGCUUCAGAGAUACAUAUUGUUAUUUGGGAAAGAAAAACAUCUCAAGUGACAGAUAAAGAAGCUGCUUGCCUCCCGCUUAAAAAGACUAAUGAUCACCAUGCUUUUGGUAAUGAGAAACCAGUAUCUCCAGCUUUGUGUUCUGCGGGUGAUGCUGCCUCAGCUGAAACAGCCCCAGUAACUCACUCUACAAAUACGUCAGUUGCUCCCCAAGCUCUUCCACAGGACGAAGCUGUAGCUCAUGGAGAGCAUUUACUUUCAGGUCCAAAAGGUUUGGUUGACAAUACUAUUUUACCCUUGACACUUGAAGGAACUGUCCAGCAAACUGCCUCAGUUUUUCAGUUUAACUCUGAAGUUUUCCUGUUAGCAAAUAAACCUGUGGCAGAAAAUACAGGAAUUGUCAAAACAAAUACUUCUCAGUCACAAGAAUCACUAAUGCCUUCUUCAGCAUCAGCUCCAUGUAAAGAAAAUCUUUUCCAAGACCAAUUAGUGGAUCUAAACUUUCCAUCUCAAGUGGUAAAUACAAACAUGCAGUCAGUAGAGCUGAAUGUAGAAGAUACUGUAGGUGCUAAACCUGUGAAUAAUACUCACGCCGCUGGUCUUAUACAGGGAAUGAAGUCAGUAGAAAUUGAGAAGGACGCUCAGUUAAAACAGUUCCUUACACCAAAAACUGAGAACUUAAAACUAGAACAAGUUAUAUCUCAGGUAUCUAAUUUGAAGGAAAAAGAAACUGCAGCGCAUUCUCUAACCAUGACAGCUCAGUCCUUGCAGAAUCAGUCUGUGAAAGAAAAUCAGAAGAAACCGUUUGUGGGAAGUUGGGUGAAAGGCUUACUAAGCAGGGGUGCUUCUUUCAUGCCACCUUGUGUUUCAGCUCAUAAUAGAAACACUAUAACUGAUUUGCAGCCUUCAGUUAAAGGGGCGAAUAAUUUUGGUGGCUUUAAAACUAAAGGAAUAAAGCAGAAGGCUAGCCGGGGGUCCAGGAAAGCUCACAGGGGUGCAAGUAAGCCUCCUCCAGUGAGUGAGCCUCCACCAAGUCCUCCGUCGUCGGGCAGCACCGCCGCUCACCCACACAUGAGUGCCAGCGCUGCUUCUGAAGGUGUGAAGAGAGGUGACAGUGCCUCACACGGAGCUCACCUCAACCACAGGUCCCAUGGAAAUGAAAAUGAUGUUUCUUCAGCAAACCACGGAGACUCAGUUGAAGGUCAGAUUCAUAAACUUCGCCUAAAACUUCUUAAAAAACUAAAGGCAAAAAAGAGGAAAUUAGCUGCUCUUACAUCUUCCCCCCAAAGUGGAAAACCUCCAAGUGAAAGUUUAGAACAUGCGCCCCAGGGAGGGUCUCCAAAUGACUGUGAGUCGAUAGAAGACUUGUUAAAUGAACUACAGUAUCAGAUUGACAUUGCAGAUAAGAAGUCUGGAUGCACCACUGUUUCUGGUGUUUCCCCGUACAAUAGUCAAACUCAUGAAGAAAUUUUAGCAGAAUUAUUGUCUCCUACAUCUGUUGUUUCUACAGAGCUCUCAGAAAAUGGGGAAGCUGACUUUAGAUAUUUGGAAAUGGGAGAUAACCAUAUACCAGCUCCAGUACCUGGUAAAUUAAAUGAUAUUUCCCAGAACACAUAUCUGGGACAGGACCAUAAUUAUUGCAGCCCCACCAAGAAAAAUGCAUGUGAAGUUCAGCCAGACUCCCUAACAAAUAAUGCCUGCGUUAGAACAUUAAACUUGGAGAGUCCCGUGAAGACUGAUAUUUUUGAUGAGUUUUUUUCCACCUCAGCAUUAAAUUCUUUAGCAAAUGACACAUUAGACUUACCUCAUUUUGAUGAAUAUCUGUUUGAGAAUUGUUGAAUACUUAUUAACUCUUUAAUAUUUAUUAUUA